AGCAAAGUUCGCUUUUCUGUUACGCGAUUCAACGUGCAUGUAAAAUGUAAAUAAGUUUUAUGAAUAAGAAUCUAUAACUUUGUAAAGAAUAAAAUAUUGGUUCUAUUGGAGUCAAAGAAGUGUUAUUUUCCUAUAUUUGCAUACCAGACACUUCAUGCUGUGAUUUGAAGAAAAUUGAAAGUAUGAAUAAUCUUCAUAACAAAAUAACUUGUAGUUGUGAAACUUGUAAGUCAUUUCAAGAAAGUUAUGCCUUACGUUUGCGAACGAUGAUGCACAAAAUGGAGAAACGUUAUGUAUGUGAUAUGUGUGGCAGAAAAUUUGAAAAAGAAGAAAACUUGAAAAGGCAUAUACCUACCCACACAAUGGUAAAACCUUUUACGUGUCAAAUAUGUAACUCAUCAUUUCUAAAGAAUCAUAGAUUGCAAAGGCAUAUGCGUCUUCAUAACGGAGAGAGAAUUCAGUGUGAGAAUUGUGAUAAGUCUUUUUUACAGAAGACUAGUUUAAAGGAGCAUAUGUAUUUUCAUACAGGGAUAAAACCUUAUGUCUGUGACUUAUGUAAUCAGUCAUUUGUGAGAGCUAGAAGAUUUAGACAACAUGUACAUUCACAUACAGGUGAAAUUUCAGCUCAUGUGUGUCCCAUAUGUAAUAAGGUAUUAACACAAAAAUAUUAUUUAAAGGAACAUAUGUAUAUUCAUAUGAAUGAAAAAAAUUACAUUUGUGAUAUAUGUAACAAAGCAUUUGCACUUGAUAAGAAAUUACAGCAGCAUAAGCUUACUCAUGCGAAUAAAAAGAUAUACGUAUGUGAUAUAUGUGGCAAAUUGUGUAAUCAAAAAAACUUGAAGAUUCAUAUGCAAACACACACAAAAGAGAGGAGUUUUUCAUGUCCUGUGUGUAAAAAAUCUUAUAUACAGGAAUGUUCUUUUAAGGAACAUUUGCGUGUUCACACUGGUGAAAAGCCUUAUACAUGUGAUGUAUGUCAGAAAUCAUAUGGAAGAGUUCAAUCUUACCAAGAACACAUGCAAAUUCACACUGGUGAGAAACCUUAUACAUGUGAUGUUUGUCAGAAAUCGUUUAGAAGACUUCGACUUUGCCAAGAACACAUGCGUAUUCACACUGGAGAGAGACCUUAUACAUGUGAUAUUUGCCAUAGACCAUUUAUCACACGGAAUGCUCUAAGAAAACAUAUGCGUACCCACACUGGAGAGAAACCCUAUGUUUGCCAAAUAUGUGAGAAGUCAUUUGCUUUUAAUAGUAACUUAAAAGAACAUAUGUAUAUACAUACAGGUUAUAAACCUUAUCAAUGUGAUGUGUGUAGUAAAUCAUUUUUGAGGAAACGUAUAUUGGAAGCACAUAUGCGCAUCCAUACGGGUGAAAAGCCUCAUGUGUGUAACAUUUGUGAACAGUCAUUUAGGGUAAAGCAGAGUUUAAAAACUCCAUAUGCUUGUUCACAGUGGUGAGAAACCUCAUAUGUGUAACAUAUGCAGCAGGAAAUUUGCACGAAAACCUUCUCUAAAAAGGCAUAUGAACACUCAUUUCACUCGAAAAGUCUUGCAUAUGAUAAAAUAAAAAUUUAAAGCACUAGUGAAUGUUAUGUUUACACUUUUAUAAGAAUAAUGAAUUUCUUAGAAUGUGAAAAUUUAAAGUGUUCUUAUGCAUUUUUUAAGAAUUUAAUUAAUGAUAGUGGCACUCUUCUGUUUAUCGGAUCCGGUACACGAAUACAUAUAUGCAUGCAUAUAUGAACACAUUCAUAGAUAAAUAAAUUCAUGCAUACAUUUCUGAAUUUGGUCCCAAUAACAGAAGAGUAUCAUAGUAGUAAUGAAUCUAAAAUUUUAAAAGCAAGCAAGCAGCUUGGUAGAGGUUUAGAAUUCAGUCCUUGUUUAAGACAGACAUCUUGUUUUUGAAAUGCACAUAAUGUAUAUUUUGUUCAUGUGGGCUUCAUGUAUCUAGAUGAAUAAAAUUUAAUCAUCAUAUAAAAAUA